UGACAGGAGUGGGCGGAGUUCUCUCCCAGAGAGGGUUGCUUUCAAGUUCAGGGAAAUGACAGAAGAAGAAAAAAUUGAUUUGGAGUGGAGGUCACAUGUUUCCUGUGCGUUGCCGCCCUUUCCAUGCUCGGGUGUUUGGCAAUGUGAUUGACUACUAUCUACUUUUAUUCUGUACUGCGCAUCUGCCGCUUUAAAAGAAAAAAAUGGAUUCUGCGCAACCUAUCUGUCACUGAUAUUGAUUUAGGAACGUAUACUCAUCUGUGAAUAUUAUAGCAAUUGUGGAGCUAGCAUGCUGGUUUGUGACAUAUGCACACAGGAAGUAUCCUGUGAAGAUGACAUGAAGAGCCAUUUGCUCUUGGCACACAUGGAACAGGACUGCUGUUGUCCUUUCUGUUCAGUUUCUGGUCUUACAUACGAUGAACUGAGCUCUCAUAUUCAUACUGCUCAUGCGGACACCUUGGAACCAUGGAGUAGUGAAGAAGAGCCGUGUGAGGAUGUCCGUGAAGAUAUGACCUCUUCUGCCAGCAGCUCCAACUGUACACCAGAUGAAGAGCUUAGCACGGCAGACUAUAAGGUGACUGCUGAAGAAUGCAAGGUUCCUCUAGAUGUAGAACGGAUUAACAAUAAAACAGAAAGCAGCUGUAAAGAGGAGUACAUCUCCAGAAAUGCCGACACCGUCUCUUCAAUUCCAGCAUCAGAAGAUUCUGAACUUGGCAGUGCUUUGGUUAUCCACAACAGUGCUCCACCUACCGCAACUGCAACUCACAUUGCAGGCAGUGACGACCUUGUGGUAGAGUGCCCCUUUUGCGGUGAAGUUAAGAACUCUAUAGACAAACUUGAGCUACAUGUAAGAAUGGACCAUGCAGAUCUUUUGGCCUCACCUACUAAAGGAAUCGGUGUACAGCAGUAUGAAUGUCCCAUGUGUUCUCUGGUUUGUGCCAAUGGUAACAUUCUACAAGAACAUGUGAAUCUGCACUUGGAGGAAAACUAUGAUACAGGCAAGAUUACGAGUGACACAGUAUUGGCCAGACAGCUACAGGCUGAAGAAGAUACACGAAGAAGAGUAGAGGAGUCAGAGAGAGAGAAAGCAGAAUUCCAAGAAUUACAGAGACAGUUUGGUUUGGACAAUUCAGGAGGAUAUCGACAGCAGUCUGUGCAAAAUCUAGAACGGGCGGUUGCAAGAGGACGAAUGCAUCCCAUGGAAUUCCACUUGCAGAAAUCUAAAAUGAUGGAAUCUUUAGCUACAGGUGUAGAUGAUGGUAGAACAAAGACUUCAGGAGUUCUGGGAGCUUUACGUCAGUAUUAUAACAAUGCUGGCUCAGAAGUCCGUCGUGUCUGGCUUUGCUCUCCACUUGACCACUUCAGCAAUUCUGCUGGAGACAAAGGCUGGGGCUGUGGCUUCAGAAAUUUUCAAAUGCUACUUUCUUCUGCUUUGUUGGACGACACAUACAAAGACUUGUUACAAGAUUAUAGAUCCAUCCCUUGUAUCCCUAAAAUUCAAGCUUUGAUUGAAGAUGCUUGGAAGGAAGGUUUUGAUCCUCAAGGUGCCUCUCACUUCAAUGGUAAAUUGCGAGGUACCAGAGCUUGGAUUGGCGCAUGUGAAAUAUAUUGCCUUCUAACAACUUUGAGGUUAAAGUGUCGACUUCUUGACUUUCACACACCUAGUGGUCCAUCAGGAACACAUCCGCUCUUGUUUGAAUGGGUUCUGAACUAUUUUGCUUCUGAUACUAGAGGAACUGAAGGCAAUGUAGUGUGCUGCUCCAAGCCAGCUAUUUACCUUCAGCACCAGGGUCACAGUCGUACUAUUGUAGGAAUUGAAGAAAGAAAAAAUAAGUCCUACUGUCUUUUACUGUUCGACCCUGGAUGUCCAUCAGAAACUAUGCGAAGGAUAACCAGACAAAAUGUUGAUGCAGCUGAUCUGAAACACUUUCGCAAGUAUAUAGGUGGUCUAAAACAUAAACAGUACCAGAUUGUAGCAGUAGAGGGCAUUCUCUCCCCAGAGGAAAAAGCAGUCCGUUUACAGAUGUCAAAAGUCUUUCAAGCUGAAAGAAUACCUUAAAGAAACUUCUGAUGGGAGGAGGAAUAACAAAAACACAAAGGCGCUCAUUGGUGUAGGUUUUAAAAGAGGAUUCACCACAGAAGCUCUUGCGAAGCGAGUCAGGGCACCAGACUUGGUUUUUAUAUUGGACCUGAGAAAGGCAUACGUGAGCACAGAAACGCACUGUCUAUUUUUGUACUUCUCAAAUUACAAAAGUCCGCAGCAACUGUGGUGACUAUAAAUUCUUGUGUAAACCAGGUAGCAGUGCUCAUUGAGACCUUUUUUGCUGCAUCAUACUUACCUUGAAGAAACUUAUGCAUCUUUAAAGGGGUACUCCACUGGCCAGAGUUCGGAAGUAAAUGUUUCGAAUGUUGUUUUCGCGCUGCCGGGGUCGGCCUUGCCCCUCCUGACAUCACGGCCAUGCCCCCUCAAUGCAAGUCAAGGCCAUGCCCCGCCGUCACGCCCCCUCCCAUAGACUUGCAUUGAGGGGGCGUGGCCGUAAUG